AUGAAGCUUCACAGUCUGUUUGCGGCUUUCUGUUUUUGGGCCGUCAUAUGCUCCUUAUUUCCUUCUACUGAUGGCCUGAGGAAAAUUAGCCUGAAAAAGAGGCCUUUGGACCAGUCAACCAUUAGUUCCGCCAAACAAGCUCGAUCGGAGGGGAAGAACGGGUUAGGCGUUGGUAACAGGCGACUCCAACUGAGUGAUUCCAAUGGAGAUAUAGUGUACUUGAAGAACUACUUGGAUGCCCAAUAUUAUGGGGAGAUUAGUAUUGGCUCACCUCCUCAGAAAUUCACUGUUAUAUUCGACACUGGCAGUUCCAAUCUGUGGGUCCCCUCCGGAAAAUGUUACUUCUCAAUUGCUUGCUACUUCCAUUCAAGGUACAAGUCCGGCAAGUCCAGUACAUAUACAAAGAUUGGAAAGCCUUGCUCGAUCAGUUAUGGCUCUGGUUCAAUCUCCGGGUAUUUUAGCCAGGAUAAUGUGGGAGUUGGCGAUGUUGUUGUCAACGAUCAAGUUUUUAUUGAGGCUACACGAGAGGGAAGCCUUACCUUUGUCUUGGCAAAAUUUGAUGGAAUACUUGGGCUUGGUUUCCAGGAAAUAUCUGUUGGUGAUGCAGUCCCAGUGUGGUACAAUAUGGUGGAUCAAGGUCUGGUAGAAGAGAAGAUAUUUUCUUUUUGGUUUAACCGUGACCCUGAGGCAGAAGUGGGAGGUGAAUUAGUUCUUGGGGGAGUUGAUCCCGAUCACUUCAAAGGAAAUCACAGUUAUGUCCCUGUGACAGAAAAGGGGUACUGGCAGUUUGAAAUGGGUGAUUUCCUCGUUGGGAAUCAGUCGACUGGUUUUUGUGAGGGUGGUUGUGCUGCUAUUGUUGAUUCUGGAACAUCCUUGCUUACUGGUCCAACUACUAUUGUGACGCAAAUCAAUCAUGCCAUUGGGGCAGAAGGCGUUGUCAGCACCGAGUGUAAAGAAAUUGUCUCUCAAUACGGAGAGAUGAUUUGGGACCUCCUCGUUGCUGGGGUAAAUCCUGAUCAAGUUUGUUCACAAGUAGGACUAUGCUUUUCUGAUGGGGCCCAGUCUUUGAGCUCAAAUCUUGAAAUGGUUGUGGAUAAAGACAAUAAGGAAAAAUCAGUUGGAGAUAAUCCAUUAUGCAGUGCUUGUGAGAUGGCUGUUGUUUGGAUGAAGAAUCAGCUUAAGAAUGAAGGAGUUAAGGAUAAAGUGUUGGAUUACGUGAAUAAGUUAUGUGAGAGCAUACCGAGUCCAGGAGGAGAGUCCAUAAUUGAUUGCAAUGCUAUAUCAAACAUGCCUAAUGUCACCUUUACCAUUGGAGGGAAAGCGUACGAUCUCUCUCCAGAACAGUACAUUCUAAAAACCGGUGAAGGUGUUUCAGCUAUUUGCAUAAGUGGAUUCAUGGCUUUGGAUGUGCCACCUCCUCGAGGACCCUUGUGGAUUCUUGGAGAUGUGUUCAUGGGCGCAUAUCACACUGUAUUCGACUAUGGGAAUCUUCGUCUGGGUUUUGCCGAGUCUGCUUGA